AUGAAGUGCGAAGACUUCUCCCACCGUCGAGAGGAAGCCCCAGUUACCCCGCUCCUACGUCCAUCUAGCGGGGGGUUUUUGCCCGGUAAACUGCCCCUCACCGUGUUUAUUUGCUGGAGUGGCCUCCUGGGGCGGGUGUGGAUAGAGGAAGGAAGCCAGGAGGUGCCCAAGCAGCUGGCCUUUAUCUACGAUCGCGACGCGAAUGGAAUAACGUCUUACUUUGGCCGGUUUUUCAAUAUUGAGGAGUCAGAUCUUCCCAAAUCUUUGUCGGACAUCGAGCGAGUUGCGUUCGUGGAUGUGGAGGUCAAAGCCCCUGGAUAUCCAUCAAAACAAAGUUCUCGUCAAAAGAGUCGACUCACGGCGAGAGAAAUUCUUUUGGGUGCUACAUCGUACCGACCAUCUUCGUCCGACGACGACGACGACGAGGAGGAGGAUGAGAACGAAAACAGUGAACACUCGGAGGCUGUGCAAGAAUCAACUGAUGUUGAGAGCGAAGAAUCCGAUGAAGAGGAUUCUUCUGCCUCUGAAGUAUCGAUGGGGGCCGUUGAACGUUCUGAGGUUUGUGACCCAAACACCAAUAAGAAUGAAUCUGAAGACAAUGUGAAGAAACUGACCAAAAAAGUGAAGAAGGUCAAGGUUUCUGAUGAAAAAUCAACCAUUGGCAUAAUUACGGCAGCUGAAAUCCGUGCCAAACAUCGUCGUGAGCGGCGACAACAGGAACAAAUCAACUUCCAACAACAGGUCAGACGCAGUGCUCGGGCAAAACUGAAGCGUCAGGGUCGCUCUAGUCUAAAAGCGGAGUUGACUUUGUUCGGUUAA